GGAAACGGUCGAGCCUAAAUUAGUUCGUUCACCUUUAAUUGGUACUUUGCCUAAGGCUUGCGUGCCUACUCGCAGACCCAAUUCCACGUGUCCGUCCUGUCCGUUUGUGUCUCUUGUAACCGACCCACACUAGAGGUUCCCCUCGGUCUUGUCUUCGAUGGCAGGUGUUGACUUUGACAAAGCAUCUGUCUUGACUAAGCGUUCCAUCGAAAGCGUCGCUUCGAAACUGUCGACCUUCUGGUCAAAGAUCCCUCUUUCUCACAGAAAAUUAUCAUCAUCACUCGCUGACAUAUGUUCCUACAUCGAGACUACUCCCGAUGCUGAGUCGUCUCCAGUCAAUGAAUUGAUUAUUUACAAAGAAGAGAAGGGUGUUCAGCACGAGUUCUUACUUCUACGAAUGGCGAAACCCACUGGAGAAAAAUUCUGGGUGCGUCUCGAGAGAAAACGGCCGGUGGGCGCUCUCGGAAAUCUGAUAUCCAGCGCAUUGGAAGCAAACGACAUAGCAAGUCUCUCUGGGAAAUGCGCUACUCUGUUGGGUAGCACGGAGAGCGUCGAGAGGACAAGGAUCGUUUUUCGCGUCCCACCUUCGUUAACGGACUUGUUCCAUGUCCUUGAAGCACUCAGGGAGUCGUCGAAAUUCUAUAAACUGUGGCCAGAGAAUUGUUGGUUUUUUGCAUCUGUGGUCGCUGAACACUUAUACGGUCUCGACAAAAGUGCUGAACUUACAGGAACUUUAAGGUGGCUUAAUCUGGGAGCCGAUGUUCGUCAAAGAAUUCAUCAAAUGAUUGCUUCAUAUGAUCAUCCUCCGGUGCAGAAUCAUGAUAGUGAGUCGGGAAGCAUAUUACUGCCUGGGUCCCCAGCAUACGAAUCUGCCAUCGAUGGGCUUGAAACUGAGAAUAUGAGCAGCGCUUCUAGCACGAGCCUACCCAGACCUCUUCGUCGGUCAGAAUCUCAAAUGCUCCUAUUCCAGGGCGCCUAUUCCACAGUGGAUUUACACGCACAGGAACAUCCUCUUAAGCGAGUACCAUUGGUUUUGGAUAGUCUUUCGGGUUCGGACGACCACAACGGUCGUUGCAACUCACCCUGUGUUCUCCCUGAGGGGGACAUGGAGUGCACCCUUGAUGUCUUUUGCGAGGGGACGCUCUACAAAGUUCCACUCUCUUCCGGGGAAACAUCACAUCCGCUCGCCGCCAUAUAUUCCUAUAUCGAGAGUACUCCCGAAGCUCGGUGCUUCCCCAUCGAGAGGACUCCCGAUCCUCAGUGCUUCCUCAUCGAAGAAUUGAUCGUUCACAAAGAACAGGACGAUUUUCAGCACGAGUUCCUACUUCUACGACUGGCGAGGCCUACAGAAGAAGAAUUCUGGGUGCGUCUAGAGAGAAAAGGGCCAACGGACACUCUCGGAAAACAGAUAUUCACUGAAUGGGAUGCCAAUGAUAUGGCGACUCUUUCUUGGAAAUGUGCCACUCUGUUAGAUAACAUGAAGAGCGUCGAAAAGACAAGGAUCAUUUUUCGCAUCCCACCUUCGCUGAUGAACUUAUUUCGUGUCCUCGAGGCACUUAGGGAGUCAUCGGAAUUCUACAAAGUGUGCCCGGAGAAUUGUUGCUUUUUUGUAUCUGUAGUUGCUGAGUAUCUAUACGGUCUGGAUGAAAGUGCCGAACUUAUCGGAACUUUGAGAUGGCUUGGUCCGGGAGCUGAGGCCCGUCGAAGAAUUUAUCAAAUAAUCGCCUCAUAUGAUCCUCUUCCCAUCCAAGAUCUCGAAACUGAGUCGCAAAACAUGUCAUCUCCCGAAUCGCCCAUUGGUGCGCAGGACAUGAGCAGGGCUUCUGGCGCGAAUAUGUCCACAUUCCUUCGUCGCUCUGAAUCCCAAAUGCCUCUAUCUCAGGAUUUUAAGGGUCCCAAUAUGGAUUUUCACGGACUAGAUCAACCCCUUAAACGAACGAUGUUGUCUUCGGAGAGUUCAUUGUAUUCAAGCGGUCCAAGCGAUCGUUUCGAACCACCCCAUACACGACCUCCGACCUCCGACUCCAAAGCCAAUUUGCACGCGCAGAAUGCACAUCAUCCUCGUAAACGAACAUUCUCGCUUACGGAGAGCUCAACGAUAUUAAGCGAUCAGAUCGAUCAGGUUGAUCAAAUAGUGCAUUCACGACAUUUGAGGGAGGAAGACAUCCUAGGAUGCAUUCCUGUUAGAGGGGACGCGGAGUACACCCCUAGCGCCUUUGUCAUGGAGUUGCGCCGCAGCCAGGAGGCCGAAGGGACGACUGUCAGUCGCUUGCUUCGAUAUGGGACGAUAGGGCGGCUGCCACGUAUACCCAUUGGCAAAUUUUUCAGCAAGCUUGUGACCACGGAACACUAUGAACUCAAACAUAUUCGAGAGGAUGACAAUGAUGUAUGCUCUCUUCCCCCUACAAGACCCGUAUCCUUAUUGUCAUUCCAUUUUGUGUGGUGUGAACCAUGAAGCCCUGGGUUCCAGGUGGGGGUGUUCACCGGGGCCCGAGGACUCGAGCCAAUCGCAACGGCCGUACAAGACAUCGUAAUUGAGACAAUCGCUACUAGUGUAUAUCACUACGUCCACCAAGUUAACAUGACAAGAUGGGGGAGCUGGGCUUUCCUGUUAAUUUUUUACUUAGUGCAUCAAUUUAUGAAGCAUCCGAGUCGGUUGUACUCUUCAGUAAUCGGCAGAACCCCCCGCUCAAUGAGCUCGUACCCUGUAUUCCCUGGUGGAUCAAGACAGGCCAUCAGACAGUAGUAAAGCUGGUUUUGUAUUUGUAAAGGAAUGUGCACACUUCCUCCAAAAAGUACUUUGUGCAGUGGUCCCACAUCUUG